AUGGAGACAGAUCUGAGCUUUGCUGCCACUGCCAAGCCCCGCGGUGACCAGUGUGAACUCGCCCACUCGAAGAAUAUGAAAAAGAGUGACUCGGUUAUGUGAAAGUGCUGAGAGGAUGGGUGUUCAGCUGCUGCCUGCAAGCUGAGGGACCCAGAGAUCAUGCAGCAGAAGCAGAAAAAGGCAAACGAGAAAAAGAAGGAAUGCAAGUAA